AUGAAGAGCGCUACCAUGGGUAAGGUAUUCCUGGUGUCCCUGCUAAUUAUGCAGUGUUCUGCUGACCUACCACCUCUUCCUCCUGAUGAAAGCGUCAAUGAGGCUGACCUACCCCCUCUUCCUCCAGAUGAAAGCGUCAAUGAGGCUGACCUACCCCCUCUUCCUCCAGAUGAAAGCGUCAAUGAGGCCGACCUACCCCCUCUUCCUCCUGAUGAAAGCGUCGAUGAGGCCGACCUACCCCCUCUUCCUCCUGAUGAAAGCGUCAACGAGGCCGACCUACCUCCUCUUCCUCCAGAUGAAAGCGUAGAUGAGACCGACCUACCUCCUCUUCCUCCAGAUGAAAGCGUCAAUGAGGCCGACCUACCCCCUCUUCCUCCAGAUGAAAGCGUCAACGAGGCCGACCUACCUCCUCUUCCUCCAGAUGAAAGCGUAGAUGAGACCGACCUACCUCCUCUUCCUCCAGAUGAAAGCGUCGAUGAGGCCGACCUACCUCCUCUUCCUCCAGAUGAAAGCGUCAAUGAGGCCGACCUACCUCCUCUUCCUCCAGAUGAAAGCGUAGAUGAGGCCGACCUACCUCCUCUUCCUCCAGAUGAAAGCGUAGAUGAGGCAGACCUACCUCCUCUUCCUCCUGAUGAAAGCGUCAAUGAGGCCGACCUACCCCCUCUUCCUCCAGAUGAAAGCGUCGAUGAGGCCGACCUACCCCCUCUUCCUCCUGAUGAAAGCGUCAAUGAGGCCGACCUACCCCCUCUUCCUCCUGAUGAAAGCGUCAAUGAGGCCGACCUACCCCCUCUUCCUCCAGAUGAAAGCGUUGAUGAGGCAGACCUACCUCCUCUUCCUCCUGAUGAAAGCGUCGAUGAGGCCGACCUACCCCCUCUUCCUCCUGAUGAAAGCGUCGAUGAGGCCGACCUACCCCCUCUUCCUCCUGAUGAAAGCGUCAAUGAGGCCGACCUACCCCCUCUUCCUCCUGAUGAAAGCGUCAAUGAGGCCGACCUACCUCCUCUUCCUCCUGAUGAAAGCGUCAAUGAGGCCGACCUACCCCCUCUUCCUCCUGAUGAAAGCGUCAAUGAGGCCGACCUACCCCCUCUUCCUCCUGAUGAAAGCGUCGAUGAGGCCGACCUACCCCCUCUUCCUCCUGAUGAAAGCGUCAAUGAGGCCGACCUACCCCCUCUUCCUCCUGAUGAAAGCGUCGAUGAAGCAGACCUACCACCUCUUCCUCCUGAUGAAAGUGAUGAUGAGAAUGGCCGCACCCUUAGAAAAAUAUUACACGAAUACCUAAAAAAAGCAGUUAAUAAACUUCAAAAUCAAUUCACCGAGCUAGCACAGCAUGGAUAGAGACAUGGUGAAAAAGACGACAAUGAAUGCAAU